GAGCGUUCUGAUCGACGCGUCUCUUCAGCAACUCAAUAAAGUCAAUGGCCGCGAUGGAGAAAUUAAUCCAGACGGUGUACGCGUUCCCGGUGCUGUACAACGUGUCUCUGCACGAUUACCGAAGCACCGAGCGGAGGGUGAAGGCGUGGAGGGAGGUCGCCGCGUCGGUCGGGCUCCCCGUGGUGGAGUGUAAGCGCAGGUGGAAGACCAUCAGGGACAGAUACAUCCGCGAGAGGAGACUCUGUAAGCUGAAGAAGGAUCUGGGCGGCCGGCGUCUGCAUUACUGGCCCCACAGAGAGAGCCUGGCCUUCCUGGACGCUCACAUCCGCAAGAGGAGGCGUCCCAGUGGAGCCCAGGGGGCGCAGGGGCCCGAGGAGGAGGAGCACAGCAGCGCCGCCCUGCAGGAGGACAAGGAGGAGUGUGUGCAGGACGAGUGUGUGCCGGACAGCUCCAGGUUUGUGUCUCCGCUGAACCCUCUGCCGCUGUCCAUCGUCACUCAGCUCAAACCCGUCCCGCAGGUGAGUCCGCUGCUGCUGACCAGUCUGCCUCCAGCCUUGAAGGUGGCGCCGGCGUCCACUUCAGCUCCUCCACUCCUGCCGGCUUCAGCUUCAGCCGGUCCUCUGAACGGGCCCCUAGAGGAGCAGCAGAGGGCCGACGGGGCCCUGGAUGAGGACCAGCUGUUUCUGCUCAGUUACGUCCCUGCGCUCAAGAGACUGACGCCACAGAAAAGAGCCGCCGUCAAGAUGCAGAUCCAGCAGAUCAUGUUCAACGCUGAGUUCAAGGAGCCCUGAAGACUGGAGAUUUAGCGCUGUAUUCAGCGUCAGCGUUUACUCUACUGUCUUCACAUCUCAGCUUCAACUUUACUUCAUCAGUCUGUUUACUCUGUUUUACUCUACUGUCUUCACAUCUCAGCUUCAACUUUACUUCAUCAGUCUGUUUACUCUGUUUUACUCUACUGUCUUCACAUCUCAGCUUCAACUUUCCUUCAUCAGUCUGUUAUUAAAGAGUUGAAGGAGCCCUGAACAUCAGCACAUUUACUGACGCUUUACUCUGUUUUACUCUACUGUCUUCACAUCUCAGCUUCAACUUUACUUCAUCAGUCUGAUAUUAAAGAGUUGAAGGAGCCCUGAACAUCAGCACAUUUACUGACGCUUUACUCUGUUUUACUCUACUGUCUUCACAUCUCCACAUUAAUGUGUGCUCCCUUUCAUUAGUCUGUUAUUACUGCAGAAGAGUUGAAGGAGCUCUGAAGACUGGAGAUUUACUGCUGUAUUCUCAGUUUUUACUCUACUGUUCACAUCUCAGUGUGUUUACCUUCAUUAUAAUCUUUUAUUACUGCAGAAGAGCUGGUUCUGUUCAACUUUACACUGUAAGAAUAAAUGCAUCAUGUAAACCA